UUCACAACUGGUUUUACGAGUGUGGAGGAAGCUGUGAUGAAUGGAAAGAUGGAGAACUUCUGUGGAUCUGCUGAUUGUAAAGGCUUUAGAGGGGCACAGGGAUCCUCCUUCUGCCUAAGAGAGCCCCAGUCCACCUUCUGCCUGAUGUUUGCAGAGGGGACUGAAGAGUUUCCAUUUCUCACAUCUCUGUCUGUGAAUAGCAGUAUUUCCUGCCUCUUGUGGUUUUCCAUCACUCCCAGGUGCUUGAUAAAUAUUGUUAAAUGAAUAGAUGAUUGAAAGAGUACAUCUGAAGGAAGAGAAGAAGGAACUUAUUUCUGAAGGCAGGCGGCUAACCUGGCAGAUUUCGUAUGGGUGCUGCUGUCAGGAGAAUGAAGCUCUGAUAUUGCUAUGUGGCAAGUGGACUCGUGCAAUCACAGGGAUCCAGAAUUAUGUAAACAGUGUGUGGGGGUGGAAGUGAUCAUGCUCAAAAGGGACAUAAAGCCAGAAAGUGACAGGCCACGGAAAGUCCGGUUUCGGAUCGCGUCAUCUCACAGCGGGCGGGUGCUGAAGGAGGUGUACGAAGACGGGCAGCCUUCGGGCUCUCUGGAUUCCGAAGGUGCCAGCAUCUGUGGGAUAGAUGGACUGAGUGAGUCUGAUGGACAGCAAAAUGGCCACAUGGGAUCGGAAAGCGAUGAGUGUGAGGACGACCAGGAUAGCUUGCUGGCGUUAGCAAGGGCUGCCAGUGAGAAGGGUUUUGGAACAAGAAGAGUCAACAUUUUAAGCAAAAAUGGCACAGUCAGAGGCGUCAAAUACAAAGUGAGUGCCGGCCAAGCUCUAUUUAACAAUUUGGCCAAAGUACUGCAGAAUCCUGGGUGAUGGAGGAUGUGCAAAAGUUUUUGUGGGUAGGAAGGGACCAGAAGGUAAAAAG